CGGCUCCGGGAUAUCGCACACAUUGGCAGUAUACAGCGCUGCUCCCACGAACAAUGGCGCGACGUGGCGUGCAGGCGUCAGGCUCAGCGGCUUAGUCCAAGAAGUCACCCCCAUCCCUUCUGCUCCCAGAAAUUAAGUGACACUCAGAGAUGGCAACCAGAGGUGUUUGACAAGGCUAGCAGCCACCGGCAAAUCAUGGACAGCGAAAGCGACGUCUGCCCCCUGGUGGAGAUAUCCGAUGGAAAACCGCUCAUGGCAACAAAGACCGAACAGGACUCGCCAGUCGAGUCCGCACCGUCGCCGCUCCACCGCCAGCCCACGAGCGUGGCCAUGGUCAUCCUGCUGUCGUCUUUUUUCAUCACCGCCGAUGUGGGCAAGAUGGUGUCCAGCUACGCCCUCCGCUACUACAACAACGGCGAGUACCCGGUUCACCAGACGCUCCUGGUGGCCCUUUCCGAAGGCUCCAAGUGCCUGGUCACCACGGCCGUUCACGUGUGGGUCACGGGCUCAUUCCGCAUGAGGCCUUCCAUCAAGUUCAUCCUGCCGUCCGUCAUCUACAUGCUCACCAACAACAUCUUCUUCUACGCGCUCUACUUCGUCACUCCUCCGGUGUGGCUGGUCCUGGUGCAAUGCAAGGUGGUCCUCACGCUUCUGGUCUACAAGUACGUGUUCAAGCACUCCAUCAGCGCGGCGCAGUGGACAGCCGGCUUCCUCAUCGUGGCCUCGGUGCUGGGCAGUCAGUUGGAGGAGUUCAACCAGGGUGACCUCCGAGGGAAGCUCAUAGCCGUCGGCCUCGGCCUUCUCUGCGGCACUCUGUCCACCAUCGCGGCUGUAUACACCGAGUUUUGCUUCAAGAACGACAGCCGAACGAUCUGGGAGCAGCAGUCGCAGAUCUAUCUUGGUGGAGCGCUGUUUUCCGCAUUGGCGAGCGCCUAUUCUGGCCAGGGACUGAUACAGGGGACCAUCUCGCGGAGCGUCCAGGGGCUCCUGCUGGCGACCAUAGCGUUAGCCACGGUCCAGGGCAUCACGAUAGCGGUGGUCGUGAGGCGGCUCGACAACAUCAUCAAGUACCACCUGUCGGCAACCUGCAGCGUCCUCAACUCGGUCCUCUCGGCGCUCCUGUUCCCGGACAAGUUCCGCUUCACGACCUCUUACAUCGUCAGCCUGUUCUUCCUCUUCACCGCCAUCUAUCUGUACGAAAAGAAGAGUUUCGUCCUGCCGGACAUGUGCAGCCGCAGGAACGGCGCCACGACGGCGCGCCCCAGCGCCAAGACGACUUCGUGACUUACCCUAACUUAGGAUGUUAAACAUUGUGGGAUGCCUCUGACCUUCAAGGUUCAGGACAGACUAGUCGGUUGUGCAGACAUACAGAAUCGUUCAUGUGUUAUCGUCAUAGAAGUUCCCUUUGCCAUCUUGAAAUGGAGCUGGGGGUUAUUGUAUAUGUGAGUGUGUUUUCUUUUCUUUUUUUUUUUACCAUGCUGCGUUUAUUUUCUUAAAGAAGGCGCCAGCAUCCAUCUUUAUUCCUGGCAAAAUUAAUGUCUUAUUUUAGUUGACAUCUGGAAAACCCUGAGAUAGGGAACGAUAAAAAAAACGGACGAACACAACAAAAUCUCAAAAUUUCCCUUGUAACCCCCAUCUCGGGGGUUACAAGAUGUCGAUUGAUUACCAGCUCGCCUGCACUCUCUCACUGCUUAUUUUAGUUGAUUUUAUGUGUGACAAGAUGUCGGGACGCGUAGUUACUUCCAGUGGAUUUGUUGUCGUUCAAAAUGCUACCAUUCACCGAGAGUUCUUACGGUCCUUUGAACAUUGCAAACUUUAUCGAUAUAUUUAUUAUGGGUUCCGAGAAGUGAGAUUGCGCGUUAAAAACUAAACCGGUGAUUCUAGCAACUAUAUUGUUUAUAGGAAAAGAAAAGUGGAGGUGUGAUCAAAUUGUGCAGCAUUGUUGCACCUGAUGCUUUGAACAAGUGUCCAUCUGCUUUUGUGCCGAUAGACCGUGACAGUGAUGAAAGAUAUCACAUGGUAAUGAUUGAACGUUGGGGAGAAAUCAGCAUGUCCCGGAACGUAUGGCCAACAGCUGAUAACUCUUGUCUAGUCAUUCCAGAGAGAUGCCAGGUUAUAGUGGUUUUCAUGAACAAGAGACUGACGAACGACUCAGAAUAAAUACACUCGCGUGCAAUAAAGCUAGACCGUGGGUCUUGCCAAUUCAUGUGUACAUUUGCUGUCCGAUUUCAGUAUACCACACCAGUGGUAAACGUGUUCUUCAAAUGUGCGCAAGUAUCAUUGAUAUGUUUACUACUAGAAUAAUUGCAAAAACACUUAUCUCACACAAUAUGGAAAUUGAAGUCAAGAUGAUUUAUAAUAAAAGCACCAUGUCUUCAUCG